AUGAGUGGGGAUGCGGCAGCUAUUGCAGAUGAGUUGCUCGCAUCGAUUAUAGGGGUUGUCAAUCUUUGGUUGGCUGGUAAAUGCCUUGUGGUUUUAGGCGAGUUUAUUGCUAGUGCACCCUUAACUCCGUUACUUAAACCUGGAGGUGGUAUUAGGCCUAUUGAUGUUGGAACGGUUCGGCGUAGGUUGGUUUCGAAAGUGGCUGCUUUCUCUGUUGAAAAGGACAUGUCAUCUUAUUUAAGUGACUACCAAUUCGGAGUUGGUGUUCCUGCUGGAGGGGAAAUUAUUUUACAUGCUGUAAAUCACCUGCUUGAGAUGCAAGGUCACUCAGACAAAAUGUCAAUGCUGCUCAUUGACUUUUCUAAUGCUUUCCACAUGGUGAGCAGAUCUCAACUCAUCAAGGAAGUUCUUCUUCGUUUUCCAGGUAUUUCUCGCUCGGUAGAAUUUUGUUACUUGAGGCCUGCUAAACUCUAUUACGACCAUUAUAUUUUGUCCUCUGCUCUUGGAGUUCAACAAGGUGACCCUCUCGGUCCUUUGUUAUUCGCUCUGACACUUCACCCCCUGGUGAAGAUUAUUGCUUCUCAAUGCAAACUUGAUUUACAUGCCUGGUACCUCGAUGAUGACACAAUUAUUGGUGAUACUUUGGAGGUAGCCAAAGACUUAAGCAUUAUUGAAACAGAAGGACCUUGCAGGGGUUUGCAUUUCAAUAAUACGAAAAAGGAAGUAUUUUGGCCUUCUAUUGAUCAUAGAAGCACAGCUGAUGGUGUUUUCCCUGCUGAUAUUGAUAGACCUUCUAAUGGUGUCAAACUUUUGGGUGGACCGAUGAGUCUAGAUCUGAACUUUAUCAGUGAUAUGAUGUUGAGCAGGGUGAAUAAAACUGUUCUGUUAUUGAAUGCAAUCAAGAAACUCAAAGACCCCCAAAGUGAGAUGCUAUUGCUUCGCAAUUGCACUGGUGUGUCUAGACUUUAUUUUGCAAUGCGCACUACCAAUCCUGCAGCCCUGCAACCAGCCACCGACCUUUUUGAUUAUCAUUUACUUAAGUACUUGAGACUACUAAUUACUGGUGACGGUGCGGGGUUUGGUUCUUUACAACAUCGUUUGGCUACCUUGCCUAUCAAAGAUGGUGGACUUGGCAUUUACACCAUGGCUGAUACCAGCUCCUACUGCUACCUUGCUUCUCAGAGUCAGACUACUUCGGUGCAGAAGGUGAUUCUUGGUAACUCAUUCUCAACAGACAAAUAUUCUGCUUAUCAGUUUGCACUUCAGAGAUUUAUCCAGUGCAAUCGUGUUAAGCAUGCUCAAGACUAUUUAUUGGUUGUACCCGUCAGUGGGCUCAAUCAGUGCCUUGGACCGAGACAGUUCAGAGUUGUGCUUUGUUAUCGUCUUGGCAUCCCACUUUUUGUUGAGAAUGGUUUAUGCGCAAGUUGUAGCAAAUCCAUGGACAUUUUUGGGGAUCAUGGGCUCCAUUGUGCUAAGGAUAUAGGCCCUAAGUUUCGGCAUGAUAUUGUUCGUGAUAUAAUCGCUGACAUUUGUUACAAAGCUGGUGUGCCUGCGCGUAAGGAAGUUUCUCUGGGUUUUCUGACGGAUGAUGACAAAGAUUUGAAACUUGCUGAUAUUUUUGUGCUCAACUGGGAAAAUUGA